AGUCCACCGCUGCAGGGGCUGUGUGGAACAGACAGCCCAUACCAGCGCAGCGCGGUGAGCAGCCAAUGACUGGAUGGGGCAUUAUCGCUUACAGUGUGGUUCCCCUGGGGAUCCUCUUGAUGGUGCUGCUCUUGAGCGACAUUAACUUUUUCAUGUACAUCGCUCAGAAAGUUUUGAGCGCACCUGUGAGCAUCGGAAGUCUGCGCCUGAACGUGGCAGUGAUUGCCAGCUCUUUCUGUGCUUGCUUGACGCUGCUAAGUUAUGCAGCCGUUCGGCGCUCCAUGACAAAAUACCAUGCUGCACAGCCACAGGUGAUGCCUUUGAGAGACUACGACAAGAUGAAAAUGUUCUACGACAAGCGGAAUUUCUGGAUCUCAGUUGUUGGACUCUUAGCUUGGCUGUCCUCAUGGCGAUUAGAAGCCCUCUACCGGAAACGCUUCGAGAUGGCUGCUGCAGGGACGAACCGGCCCUCUCGUAGUGUGUUGUCCCGUUUGUCAUGGAUUGUGGCUGGCUGUGGAGUGCUAUUGCUGGCCGAUCUGCCGCUGUGUCGAGCCAAUUACAAGAUGCAGCUGUCGUUGCAUGUAACGCCUGGAAAGGAAGAGUUACUUCCCGCAGCUUCCGCGUGUGAGGGAGUGUUUCUGGGUGAUGCAGGCACUGGCUGUGCUGACUUCUGCCAACAAGUCAGACUUCUUUCAGAGGAGCGACAGAGUUGUGUACUCUUUGCUCGGAAGUGGCAUCUUUUAGGCCGUUGGGCAGCGCAGUUGUUUGACCAAGCCAGGGAUGUGCAACAGGACCAGAGCCAUGUAGACAAGCUCUUUGCGAAGAAGACCUGUGCAGAGGUGCUUCGCAGUGUGGACCGGAGCAACGAGGCUGUGGAUUUCCUCUGCUCCAUUUGUGCAGUCCUGGCAUUGCUAUUGGCCUUUGCAGCCUUUGCCCAGGGUCUUCAGGAGUUUAUUCCACAAGCCAAGCAGCGCAAAGACUGAAGCUUUGGCUUGGACCGUUGAAAAUGGAUCGGCAUGUUGCAGGAUCGCAGUCCACGAAGGGGCUAGAUCGAUCUGGUCCAUGCUGAGACUGCGACUCUUUUCAUGUCGGCGCAUCGUUUUCAGAAAAUACGGAUGAGCUGAGUUGAUGCAGAAAACAUCUUUCAGUUCUGCACUAUGACAUUCCGUCUUGCUUGGAGGACUGGAAGACUUCAAGAUUAUCAGAUGUACG